AUGGCAGACAUGCAGGGCGGAAACUUCCGGCACGACAGCAUGCCGGCGCCGAAAGGCGACCUGGUCAUGCCGAUGUUCUCGCUCAAGGGCAGGACUGCGAUCGUGUCAGGCGCCGGAGCCGGCAUUGGCCUCGCCAUUGCGCAUGCCUAUGCCGAGGCGGGCGCGAAUGUGGCCAUCUGGUACAACAGCAACAAGAAGGCGCUCGAUGAAGCCGCUAACAUCGAGACCAAGUACGGCGUGAAGUGCAAAGCGUACCAGGUCAACGUCGUAUCCUACGACUCCGUCGAGGCCGCAGUCAACGAGAUCGUGCAGGAGUUCAACGGGCGCCUGGACGUCUUCGUCGCGAACUCGGGCAUCGCCUGGGAGGACGGCCCCUUCAUCGACGCGUCGCUCGACACCAUGCACAAGGUGUUCAAGGUCAACGUCGACGGCGUCUUCUACUGCGCGCGCGCCGCGGCCCUGCACUGGCGCCGCCAGACGCGCGAGGGCACCACCGUCGACGGCCGCCCGCUGGAGAACUACUCGUUCGGCAGCUUCAUCGUCACGGCCAGCAUGAGCGGGCACAUCGCCAAUAUCCCGCAGAUGCAGACGGUCUACAAUGCGUCCAAGGCGGCUGUUAUUCAUGCUUGCAAAUCCUUCGCCGUAGAAUGGGCGGGCUUCGCGCGCGCCAACUCGGUAUCGCCCGGGUACAUCAAUACGGAGAUUGCCAACUUCAUCCCCAAGGAGACCAAGGAACUCUUCAAGGGCAAGACGCCAAUGGGUCGCCAGGGUGAGCCCGAGGAGCUCAAGGGCGCUUACCUGUACCUGGGGUCUGACGCCUCUUCGUACACGACUGGGAUCGACAUCGUUGUGGAUGGGGGCUACUGUGCGCCCUGA